CCCACCCAAAACAAAUUGGGCAUCUUGACCUCUUGCCAUCGCAGCCGCCUCUUCUAUCGAGAUCCUGAUUGACUAUCUAAAUUAAACGUCAGAUAUAUCAACUGCCACAGCCUGUGGCAUUCGAUCACAACAAUGGCUUCCUCAUCGACGCCUGCAACGCCGUUGCUCUACUCUUGCAUAGCCCACAAUAGCACUAUCCUCUCCGAGUGCACCACGUCCGCCUCCUCUCAGACCUCUUCCCUCGCCUCUCUCAUCCUGCCCAAGAUCAAGCACGACUCGCCGCAGAAGCUCACCUACACUCACGGCAAUCACCACAUCCACUAUAUCUCCGAGUCCCCCUCCGAGCAUGGAGACGACUCCUCAGCGGGCGGACUGACGUUCCUCGUGAUCGCCGAGUCCUCCCUGGGCCGCCGCGUGCCAUUCGGCUUCCUCUUCGAGAUCCGCAAGCGCUUCUUUGAGCAGUUUCCAGCCGCCUCGUCCGACUUUGGCGACAUGCCCAACUACGGGGCUGGAUCCUUUAACGCCGAGCUGAAAGGUCUGAUGGUGAACUACGGCACGACGAGCGGCGGGCGGGACGACGCGAUCACGAACGCGCAGAGGGAAAUUGACGACGUGCGGGGCAUCAUGACGCGCAACAUCGAGGGUCUGCUAGAGCGCGGUGAGCGGAUCGACCUGCUGGUGGACAAGACGGACCGGCUGGGCGGGUCGGCCAGGGAGUUCCGCGUGCGGAGCAGGGGGCUUAAGAGGCAGAUGUGGUGGAAGAACGUCAAGCUGAUGGGCCUGCUGGCACUGGUCGUCAUCCUGAUUGUGCUCGCGAUCGUCAUCGCCGUCAAGACCGGCUAGAAGUCUGGUGGUGAGCUGGUGGGCCUGAUGAUUCUGGUCUUUGGGCUCGUCGCCCUUGCGGCGGUGCUUGCGGUCCUCAUUGUGGAAUGAGAGCGAGAGAGAGGGGGGGGGAGGGGGAGAGAGGGAGGGAGAGGGGAGGAGGAGAGGGGCUUGGCUGUCUACAUUGGCGAAGCGUGAUUCUGUCUGCUAUUUUGUCCUCUCCUUGGGCGUUUAGGAUUGGGAAGUGGAGGAUUAUCAACAGCAAGCUUUUAUUUGAAAUCCUUGUCUUGUUCGGUGCGGGUGGUUUUAAUGGCAGAGACUGAUCAGCUAAGAGGGGGGGAGAGAGAGGGUGAAGACUGGGUGGAAAAUGCUGUCUUGUUGUAUCGAUACCUUGGGCCUCGCGGCUUGCUUGCCUGCUUUUUUUACACUGUGAAAUUGGAAAUUGACGACG